AUGAGCUCAAAUGCGCUCAAAAGACCUGGCGAAGGUGAAUCACGCGAGUCAGAAACUGUGGAAAAACGUCUCAAGCCGCAAUCGUUUGAUCAUAGCGCUCUCAGCGAACCUGUCUCAAGCAUCGAGAUCAUUCCUACGGACAAGUUCAGCAAGCAAAAUACACAGGGUUUUGUUCCAAAAGGUACUGUCAAUGGAUCCCAGCCUGUGAAUCCCUCUGCUUUUGAGCAGGAACUCUCGCAUAUGGAUCAUGAAGGCGUGGUGGCUCAGGAACAUGGCGAGAACUCAUCGUGGGCACGCAGUCCAUUGCCAAAGGAUUUUUCACCCCAAACACACGCGAUUUCUUUCCAGCAACUUGAUGCUGAGCAAUGUCUGUUGCCUGGCGUCAAGGUCAACAACACCUCUCACGCGGUUCGUUUCUUUGGGGUGACUAACGAAGGUUACUCGGUGCUCUGUAGUGUAACCGGAUUCAGACAUUAUCUUUAUGUUCCCGCUCCUGCUGGCUUUAGCGAACAUGAUAUCGACGCUUUUCAAAGCUAUUUGAAUGACUCUUACGAUCAGGUUGUUGAUGAGAUAGAAAUUACGUUGCGCCAGUCGAUCUGGGGUUACUCUGGAACCGCGAAGUUGCCCUUUUUGAAAAUCUACGCUACAAAUCCUGCGGGCAUUAACAAGCUUAGAACCGGGUUCGAACGUGGUCACAUUACAUUUAACGACACCUGGUUCUCAGGUGGGACUUCAACCUACGACAACAUUGCGUUUCCAUUGAGGGUUAUGAUAGACUGUGGAAUUACUGGAAUGUCCUGGAUUACUUUGCCAGAGGGUAAAUACAGCUUGAUUCCUGAAAGGGAAAAGGUCAGUACUUGUCAAUUAGAAGUGCUGGUGAACUAUAAAGACCUAAUAGCACGCCCGGCUGAUGGCGAUUGGUCACACUCUGCCCCGCUUAGAAUUCUCUCGUUCGACAUUGAGUGUGCUGGUAGAGUGGGAGUUUUUCCAGAGGCAGAGAUCGAUCCAGUGAUCCAGAUUGCCAAUGUGGUAAGUAUAGCGGGUGCUUCGAAAUCUUUUGUGCGAAAUGUAUUCACAGUCAAUACAUGCUCACCGAUUACAGGCUCUCAGAUUUUUGACCAUAAGACUGAAAACGAUAUGCUUAAACACUGGCGAAAAUUUGUAGUGGAGGUAGACCCCGACGUCAUUGUUGGCUACAACACUACAAAUUUCGAUUUACCUUACUUGCUCGGCCGUGGUCGCUCUCUUAAAAUAGAGGAAUUUCCAUAUUUUGGAAGACUCAAGACGGUGAAGCAAGAAGUCAAAGAAGCAAUUUUCUCGUCGAAAGCAUACGGUACUCGUGAAUCAAAGAUUAUUAACAUUGAUGGCCGACUUCAACUGGAUUUGUUGCAAUUUGUGCAGCGUGAAUACAAACUCAGAUCCUACACAUUAAAUGCAGUCUCUGCUCAUUUUCUAGGGGAGCAAAAGGAAGAUGUUCAUCAUAGCAUUAUAAGCUCAUUACAAAAUGGAGAUUCGGAGACUAGACGACGUUUAGCGGUUUAUUGUUUGAAGGACGCGUUUUUACCACUCAGGCUUCUAGAGAAAUUGAUGGCACUGGUGAACUACACGGAAAUGGCGCGUGUAACAGGCGUGCCGUUUUCAUACUUGCUGGCCCGUGGUCAACAAAUUAAGGUUGUCUCGCAACUAUUCCGUAAGUGCCUGCAGAUCGACACUGUUAUUCCAAACAUGCAGUCACAGGGCUCUGAUGAGCAGUAUGAGGGUGCUACAGUUAUUGAGCCUAUCAGAGGAUACUACGACGUGCCCGUCGCGACGUUAGAUUUCAAUUCUUUAUAUCCUAGUAUUAUGAUGGCCCACAAUCUCUGCUACACAACUUUAUGCAAUAAAGCUACCGUUGAAAAGCUGCAGCUGGUGAAAGACGAAGACUACAUUGUAACUCCAAAUAAUGAUUACUUCGUCACAGCUAAAAUGCGUAACGGUAUUUUACCAGAGAUUUUACAUGAGUUGAUUUCCGCCCGUAAAAGGGCCAAAAAAGAUCUGAAGGACGAGAAAGACCCAUUCAAACGUGAUGUAUUGAACGGUAGACAACUGGCUUUGAAAAUUUCGGCCAACUCGGUAUAUGGUUUCACAGGAGCGACAGUAGGAAAGCUGCCUUGUUUAGCAAUCUCAUCCUCUGUGACGUCCUAUGGUAGAACAAUGAUUGAGAAAACCAAGCAAGCGGUAGAGGAAAAAUACUGCAUGAAGAAUGGAUUCGAGCAUGACGCUGUUGUUAUCUACGGUGACACAGAUUCCGUUAUGGUGAAAUUUGGCACCAAUGACUUGAAAACUGCAAUGGACCUUGGUGCGGAGGCCGCCGAAUACGUUUCUUCACUAUUCAAGAAUCCUAUCAAUCUAGAGUUCGAGAAGGCUUACUUUCCAUAUUUGCUCAUCAACAAGAAAAGAUACGCUGGCUUGUAUUGGACAAGACCAGACAAAUAUGACAAGUUGGAUCAGAAGGGUUUAGCCUCUGUCCGCCGUGACUCAUGUCCAUUGGUCUCCAUAGUCAUGAACAAGGUUCUCAAAAAGAUUCUGAUAGAUCGUAACGUCGAAGACGCCUUGAAUUUCGUAAAGGACACAAUCGGUGACAUUCUUCACAAUAGGGCUGACAUCUCAAAGCUGAUUAUAUCGAAAACUCUGGCUCCUAACUACACAAAUCCACAGCCGCACGCAGUUCUUACCGAACGUAUGAUAAAAAGGGACGGCGUCGGGCCCAAUGUUGGUGACCGUGUCGAUUAUGUGAUCAUUGGAGGUAAUGAUAAGCUUUACAACAGAGCCGAGGAUCCUCUUUACGUGCUGGAGCACAACAUUCAGAUUGAUUCGAAAUACUACUUAACAAAUCAGCUACAAAAUCCGAUUAUCAGCAUUAUCGCUCCAAUUAUCGGAGAGAAGCACGCAAAUUCAAUGUUUGUAGUGAAAUCGAUCAAAAUCAGUGCUGGUAACACCAAAGGAGGGCUGAUGGGAUUUGUCAAGAAAGUUCAGACAUGCAAAGGCUGUAAGCGCCCACUGAGCAAAAACGAAGGACCUCUGUGUGACAAUUGCGUAACCCGAUCGGGUGAACUGUAUGUGCGCGCUCUUUUUGAUGUAAGAGAUCUCCAGCAAAAGUUUGCCAGACUAUGGACUCAAUGUCAACGAUGCUCUGGAAGCUUGCACAACGAAGUUCUAUGCUCAAACAAGAACUGUGAUAUAUUCUACAUGAGGGUCAAAGCAAAGAAAGAGGUACAAGAAAAAGUCAUUGACCUAAGCAAAUGGUAA